AUGAUGCCCCGCCGACGGAGCCGUUAUGUGAUCCUGGUCGCGGUUGUCAUGGUCUUCAUGCUAUACCAGGUCUUCAAAAACCCUGAAUUGGAUUCCACAGGUCAAUCCAGCAGCAUCAAGCCUAGCGAACCCGAAAAGGGCCAAAACGUCCACAAGGAUUCCUCGAAGCCACCCCCGGCGGCCAAAGAUCCCGUUUCCAACAAGCACCUCAACAACCAGCCGCCCCCCGAUAGCGAACAUCCCCACGACCAAGAGGAAGACGAGCCCGAGCAGAACCCUCAGAAGCAGACGGCCAAGCCCACUGUCAAGAUUCCUCAGCUCAAGACGGAGAAGGCCAAGGCGCCCACCAAUACUCUUUCUGGUCCUACUCUGUCCAUUCACGCCUAUAAUGACGAGAUCGAGGCUACCAAUGCGCCCGAGGUUACGAAGGCGCCUACAAAGCCUCUGGAGUUGGAAGAGGACCUCCAUGCCAAGAAGCCUCCCGGCCGACCCAACUUUGAUAUCGCUGAGAGCUUGUCGACCUCGACAUCGCUGAUUCACUGGCACAAGGUCUCCGAACACUUCCCCGUUCCAACCGACGAGAUUAUCCCCCUCCCCGCCGGCAAGCCCAAAGACAUUCCCAAGAUCCAAUAUGACUUCAAGCCAGAGUCGGAGGCUGCCAAGGACAAGCGCGAAAAACGCCUAGCCCUGAUUAAGGCUGAAAUGCUACGAUCCUGGGGCGGAUACCGCAAAUUCGCUUGGAUGCACGAUGAACUUUCGCCCGUCAGCGGCCGAAACCGCGAUCCCUUCUGUGGCUGGGCUGCUACUCUCGUGGACGGCCUUGAUACGCUUUGGAUCAUGGGCAUGAAGGAAGAGUUCGCCGAGGCCGUCAAGGCUGUCAAGGAGAUCGAUUUUACCUACAGCCCGACGCGCCGUGACAUUCCAGUCUUCGAGACCACCAUCAGAUACUUGGGCGGUCUUCUUGCUGCUUUCGAUGUGAGCGGUGGCAAAGAGGGCGGGUACACUGUGCUGCUGGACAAGGCCGUUGAACUCGCCGAAAUCUUGAUGGGCAUUUUUGACACCCCUAAUCGUAUGCCCAUCUUGUACUACAACUGGAUGCCCGAGUAUGCCUCCCAACCCCACCGGGCUACGACCGUUGGUGUGGCCGAGCUGGGUUCGCUGAGCAUGGAGUUCACACGUCUUGCCCAAUUGACCGGUAAAGACAAGUACUACGAUGCCAUCGCUAGAAUUACCGACGCUUUUGAGGACCUCCAGAACCGUGGCACUACCAUUGAUGGCAUCUUCCCUGAACAGCUGGACGCCUCUGGCUGCAACAGGACCGCAGAAGCCAUUAUUUACCAGGAGGCACAGGCUGCGGCUGCUAGUGCGAGUGCGGCCGCUGCUCGAUUGAGCGAGCCCCAGGGUCAUGAGCCAGUGGCUGCUGAGGCCAAGCGCGACGAGACUGACGCGAUUCUGCCGCAAGAAACUGCGGCGGCCAAGGGUAACGGUAGCGAGCCGGAAAGCAAUCCGCUCGCGAGGCGAGCUGUUGGUGUCGACCAGAAUGGCGAGUCUGUGGUCGAGAAUGCAAACAUCGAUAAGAAGACGGCUUUCCCAGCGCCCAAGGUCAACGAGCAGCCCUUGUACCCCGGCAACAGUGGUCGGAGACCAUCCACCCCUACAACGCCAGACAAGUCUUCAUGGGAGUGCAUCAAACAAGGUCUCGUCCCUGGUGGUUGGGGUUAUCAGCAGUACAGCAUGGGUGGUAGCCAAGAUUCCACUUACGAGUAUUUCCCCAAGGAAUAUCUCGUCCUUGGCGGUCUGGAGCAAAAGUACAAGACGAUGCACAUCAAGACGGUCGAGGCUGUGAAAAAAUGGCUUCUGUACAGACCUAUGGUUCCCAAAGAAAGGGACAUUCUCUUCUCGGCCAAGGUUUCGACCUCUGGUGACCCUGAAAACGACCUGCGAACAGAGUAUGAAGUCACUCACCUCACCUGCUUCAUUGGUGGCAUGUUUGGUCUGGGAGGCAAGGUUUUUGACAGACCCGAUGAUAUUGAAAUCGCCAAGAAGCUCACUGAUGGAUGUGUCUGGGCGUACGAAACGAUGCCCUCUGGCAUCAUGCCUGAAGGAGCCUCUGUCGUGCCCUGCGCAUCUACCAAGAGUUGCCCGUGGAACGAGACCUUGUGGUGGGAGCACCUCGAUCCGUCCGCUGAGUGGCGUGCGGCGCAAGUCCAGGCGUGGGAAGAGAGGCAACGUGACAAGAAGCAGCAAAAGGAGCAAGACGCCCUCCGCAAGCAAACAACUGAAAGAGGCAACAAACCCGUGGAGAAGUCGACCGAAGAGACGACCCAGUCAGAGUCCCCGGUCGAAAAGAAGGACCCGCUAGACGAUAUUCAGGUUCCCAAGGAUGAACCAAAGAAGCUAGGAUCGGCCGAGAAAACCGAGUACCCAGCACCUGAGCCCGGCCUGAACAAGUCCCCUUCAAACGUCGAUGAGCACCUCUUGAAGAAGAGAGACCCUGCUCCACCAGUGUCUCAAGACCCUCGUAAGGGUACUGCUCAGGAGGCCGCUAGCAACACCGUGAAGGACAAGCUCGACUUGAACAACCCUGGAAGCACCACCGACGACAUCACCGGCAGUGUCCCCAACGACGCACCCGUUAGCGGUGGCAUUGUGGACAAGAUCGCGUUUGAAGAGGAGGGCGAGGUUCCCGACCCGAAGCCGCUCUCGCACGAGGAGUGGGUCAAGGACAAGUUGGAGCUCGAGAAGAUCCCGCCUGGCUUCGUCAACAUCGACGCCAGGCGUUACAUCCUUCGUCCCGAAGCUAUCGAGUCCGUGUGGUACAUGUACCGCAUCACUGGAGAUCCUGUGUGGCAGGAGAAGGGAUGGAGGAUGUGGGAGGCCAUUAUCAAGGCGACUCGCACCGAGCACGGCAACAGCGCCAUUGACGAUGUAUUGUCUGAAGACCCUCAACCUGUUGACGAGAUGGAAAGUUUCUGGAUCGCCGAGACGCUCAAGUACUUCUACCUCUUGUUCUCAACGCCCGAUGUCGUCAGCUUGGACGACUGGGUGCUCAACACCGAGGCGCAUCCGUUCAAGCGCCCUGUUUGA